AUGUCGCGGAAUCUUUCCGAGGCAGCCGAUGAGCGCAGCUACAAGGAGAUGGAGAAGUACUCGGUGGAGCGUGUGGCUGGGCAAGGCACAUUCGGCACUGUGCAGCUCGCUCGCGAAAAGGACAGAGGGACAAAGGUAGCAAUAAAGAAGGUUAUCCAGGAUCCACGAUUUAAGAACCGCGAGCUGCAGAUUAUGCAGGAUUUAGCUCGCAUUCGUCACCCAAACAUCGUGAUGCUGAGGGGCUAUUUCUACACCCUUGGAGGGGAGCACCGGCAGAGCGAUGUCUACCUUAACGUUGUCAUGGAGUUUGUUCCUGACACGCUGCAUCGCGCGUGCAAAAACUACUGCCGCCGACUUUCUCAAACACCAAUGAUAUUGGUGAAGGUGUUUAUGUAUCAGUUGCUGCGGAGCAUUGCAUGCCUUCAUCUGCCUGUCGUCAACGUGUGCCACCGUGAUAUCAAACCGCAUAAUGUGCUUGUGGAUGAGUCCACUGGUGAUCUGAAAUUGUGCGAUUUUGGAAGCGCCAAGAAAUUGUCGCCAACGGAGCCGAACGUGGCGUAUAUCUGCUCACGCUACUACCGUGCGCCGGAGCUUAUUUUCGGCAACCAGCACUACACCACAGCGGUGGAUACCUGGUCUGUCGGCUGCAUCUUUGCGGAGAUGCUGCUCGGCGAGCCUAUCUUCUGCGGUGAGAGCACGGCUGGACAGCUGCGCGAGAUUGUGAAGGUCCUCGGUCGGCCAUCUCGGGAGGAAAUGCAGAAACUGAACACCAGCCUCACCGAGUUCAACUUGCCCAACCCGAAGCCGAUGCCGUGGGAGGAUGUCUUCAAGCGGCCGCUCCCUACUGAGGUGUAUGAUCUCUGCGGGAAGAUAUUCAAGUACCUCCCUGAGCAGCGCAUAGCUCCGCUGGAGGCGUUGUGUCACCCGCUCUUUGACGAGCUUCACGAUCCCGAGACAAGGCUGCCAAACGGCAACGUUCUGCCUUCACACCUAUUUUGCUUCCUGCCAGAGGAGCUUAACGCCAUGACGGACUCCCAGCGGUCCCGCUUGCUGCCGAAAAAGUGA